GGCCUCCUCCCGAUCCGGCGCGUGCUUCUCCCCUCCGUCCCACCUACCUCACUCAGCAAAGCAGUUGCCUUUGCCAUCAGGGUUCAACAUGUUCACUGCAUCACAGAAGAUCCACAAGGAUAAGGAUGUCAAACCCUCUGAGUUUGAGAUUACUGUUGCCCAGGCACUGUAUGACUUGGAAAACACCAACUCAGAUCUCAAGAGUGAUCUGAAAGACCUCUUUAUUAACUCUGCCACUCAGAUUGAUGUUUCUGGAAGCCGCAAAGCGGUUGUGGUCCAUGUUCCUUAUAGGCUGAGGAAAGCUUUCCGGAAGAUUCAUCCCAGGCUGGUCAGAGAGCUUGAGAAGAAAUUCAGCGGGAAGGAUGUUGUUGUGAUUGCCACACGAAGGAUAGUGCGCCCUCCAAAGAAGGGUGCUGCUGUUCAGAGGCCCCGUUCCCGUACAAUGACCGCUGUGCAUGAGGCUAUUCUCGAGGACAUGGUAUUCCCAGCUGAGAUUGUUGGGAAGCGCAUUAAAUACCGUAUUGAUGGUUCGAAAAUAAUGAAGGUUCUAUUGGACACAAAGUCCAGGAAUGACACCGAAUACAAAUUAGAUACGUUUACCAGUGUCUACAGGAAGCUUUCCGGGAAAGAUGUAGUCUUUGAGUAUCCACUUACCGAGGCUGUAAGUGCCUAGAUGAUACGCACAUGUUUGAUGAACAUCUUGAACUCAAGAAUGUCUGUUUCUGCUCUCUUUUCUUAGGGUUUUUUUUGAAAUUUUGACUGAAGUUCUUAUCUGCCAAUGUUUGAUUUCUAAGCAGAAUAUUUAUUGACGUUUGGUUGUACCUUUGAACUUGAAAAGAUUGCAUUUUGGGUUUUAUCUUUGUGGAUGUCUAUUUUUGAGCUCAUUAUAUACAUAUCUCAGAAUGUGAACUUACAAAAAAUAUACUCCCUCCGUCCUAAAACCACCUUCCCGGUUUGACCGGAGCCCAUUUUUAAGAGAAGGUAAAAUAUGCUUUGACUUUCCUAGAAUGCCCCUAAAAUCUAUUUCCCUUUGCCACUCCGCCAUUUCAACGCAAAUAAAGAAAACAAACAGUAUUCAUCUUUUAGAUCUAGAUCUAAAUCUGAUCGUGCCUCGAAGACAGAUAGACGAAGCCAUUUUUCCGCUCUUCCAUCUAUUGUCAGUACUCUUUUUGGUAGUGGUGGCAUCUCAAGUCGUCCGUCGCUAGAGAAUUGUCCAUUCAACUUUACCGCCACCACCGGAGGAAGUAUAUACGUUCAUUGCUACUCGAGUACUGAAAUCUUCUUGAGGACUCUUUCCAAAUCCACCUGCGAAGGUUUCCAUUCUCUCUGCCGCUAGGUUCUUCCGUUGUCGCCGUCCAAAUCUAUUGCCGUCGUCGAUGACGUCCUUCCAUGACAAAAUUUUACUUGCAGAAGAUUAGAUCUAUAAUUUGAUUUUGAGGGAGAUGGAUGAGAG